UUUCCCAAAAAAAAAAAAUAAAUAAAUAAAGCAACCAACUAGCCCUGAGCAGAGUGGCAGAGUGAUCGGAAAUGAAGAGCAUUCCCGUUCUUCUCUUAGGAUGCGGUGGCGUCGGCCGGCAGCUCUCUGAUCACAUCGUUGCCUGCCGUUCUCUCCACUCGAAGCAGGGCAUAGCGCUUCGAGUAGUAGGAAUUUGUGACAGUCGCUCAUUGCUUGCUGUCAAUGAUAUUGUCAAUUUGGAGCUGAAAGACGACUUAUUGAAAGAAAUAUGCAAGAUUAAAUCAUCGGGGUCUUCACUGUCUUCUCUGAUGGAUUUAGGCCAAUGUCAAAUUUUCAAGGACUCAGAAGCAAGAAAAAAGGUUAUUGAUAUUGCUAGUCUUCUUGGCAGAUCCACUGCAGGUCUAGUUCUUGCUGAUUGUUCUGCCAGCUCGGAGACUGUAGAAUUAUUAAAGCAAGGAAUUGACCUAGGCUGCUGCAUUGUGCUAGCAAACAAAAAACCACUUACCAGCAAAAUUGAAGAGUUUGACAAGUUGACAUCUGAUUUCCGCCAUAUCCGUUUUGAAUCAACGGUAGGUGUUUGUAGAUUAUUUAUAUGUACAUGUACACUCAUAUAAGGUUGGUGUAUAUGUUACAACGUAUGUUUCCAAUUUGUCAACUUUUUAGUGCUGCAUUGAA